AUGCUCUUGAGGGAGAUUACACGCCAAUAAAAGCAGAAUUUUCCUCCUUCAUCGCGACAGUUGGUGAGACAGAGGAGGAAAAGUAAUCUUUAUUAUUUACGUAUUGUGAUCUGCAAAUAUUUUAUUGGGAAAAAAAUCUGCAAAUAAAAAUUUUGGUAUGGUUUCUUCCGUCGAAGUCACUCUCGGAGUCGUGCUCGUUGCCCUGGUUUAUUUCGUCUUUGUGAGAAAGCCAAGGUGGAAAAAUGCUCCGCCAGGUCCCCGAGGAUUACCACUGCUUGGAAAUAUAUUUCAAAUAGAAAAAUUCCAGCACGUCACCUUCACCAAGUGGGCAAAGGAGUACGGACCCUUGUACAAAGUGAAUAUCGCCUCGUUAAACAUGAUUGUGGUCUCGGACUAUAAAAUGGUGAAGGAAAUAUUUUCCGAGCCCGCAUUUUCAGGGAGGAUUGACUUUACAAACUUUGACUUCAUCCUGGACGGCAAAUUGCAUGGAAUCAUCAACACGCAAGGCGAACAUUGGGAAGAACUUCGGAGAUUCACGCUCAGACAGUUGCGCGAUUUCGGUUUUGGCAAAACCUCGAUGGAGGACGGGAUCAUGUUGGAGGUGGCCGAGCUCAUCGAGGGACUUAAAGGGAUGGCCGGGCAGCCCGUGAGGGACGUUAAGGAGCGGCUCCAGAUUGCCGUGGUUAACGCCUUGUGGGCCAUUUGUACCGGGAUUAGGCACAAACACAGCGAUAAAGAGUUGAUCGACAUGACAGUAAAGACGAAUGACGCAUUCCAGGGAAUUUUGGAGGGUGGAGGGUUCAUCAUAUUUAUGCCCUGGCUGGUCAAACUCUUCCCCAAAUUGGUUGGGUAUGACAAAUUGAAAACACAAAUUUACAAUUUGGCGAGUUAUAUGCGAAAACCAGUUACCGACCAUAAAAAGACGAGACAGGAUGGUUUCGACAGAGAUUUUACUGACGUGUUUCUAAAAGAAAUCGCCAAAACUACGGACCCCAAGUCGGCAUUUAUGGGAAAACUGGGAGAGGAUAACCUUGUCGCAACUUUGGGCGAUUUAUAUUUCGCCGGAACUGACACCACGUCCACAACGUUGGCCUGGCUGAUGAUGUACCUCAGCAAAUUCCCCGAUGUCCAGACCAAGUUUCACGAGGAAAUUGAAUCCGUUACGGGAAAUAGUAGACCCACCACGAUUUCAGACAGAUCAAAAAUGCCUUAUACGGAAGCCCUGCUGGCUGAAACGCUCCGAUUCUCUACCAUUACUCCGCAAGGGGUUCAACACAGGGCCCUCAAAGACCAAGAAUAUCACGGCUACUUCAUCCCCAAGGACACGGUCAUCACGGCAAACGUGUUUCACAUCCACUCCGAUCCAAAAGUGUGGGGAGAUCCGGAGAACUUCAGACCCACCCGAUUUUUAAGCCCGGACGGAAAAACGUUCCAGAGGCAUGAAGCCCUCAUCCCGUUUUCCACGGGGCGGAGGCAAUGUCUCGGUGAAAGUUUGGCGCGCGACAACCUCUUCCUCUUUGCGACAAAUAUACUGCAAAGGUUUGAAAUCGUGUUUGACAAAAAUGGUCCAGAUCAUGGGUUCGAGCCUCAGUUGAAUUUUCUAUUAAUGCCGAAACCCUUCAAUGUGAUUUUUAAGGAUAGAUUUGCCUAAUAAAUGAAAAUCAACCUUUAAUUGGAAUUAGUCUUGUGUACUGUUGCGUUAGUCUGAUUUAAAUAAAUUGAACUGAGGAAAAUAUCUA